ACUCACCUGUGAGGUCGACUAGCAAGGGUGAUGAAGAGGUGGAGGCUCCAGGCAAACGUUCUUCUUUGGCAUGUUUGUACCAGCAAUGAGGCCGCUGGCAGCGCCCGGUGAAAGGGCAGGUGAGCCGGACAAAACGACCGGACGACGGGAACAUCGCUCUUUGAACCCUCGCCGGGGUUUGGACCGACGACGAGCGGGUCUGACCGAACCAGGACGCGUCCUCGACCCCACUUUUAUAGCCUUCGGGGCGACCCUUACGAGCUGUUGAAAGAAAUAUAUAUUUACAAUAAUCUCGUGGUCAAUAAUAAUAUUUACAAACAUUUAACAAACUAAAACAAACUUUAAAACUGGUCCACCAGAAUUUCAUCUAAUGACUUGAAAUUACCCUGCAGUAAGUCCUCCUGGUCGGCAGGUGGCACUGCAUUUGUAUGCGCCAUUGUCUUCAGUUACUUCCCCCUGCGACAGCGAGCAUAACAUCGAUAUUAGUUUACAUUUCUUACACUCAUGUUUACACCAACAUAACUCACGUUUUGUCACGCUUACAAUGGAAAGCAGCGAAGAUGAGGCGCAAGAGGAUGAAACCGAAUGGGAGCAAGAUAUGAAGGGGUCGCCAUUCGCUGUCUCAGGCUCUAACUUCCUGAAGACGCCGACACACAAAGUCAUUUUGCAUUUUGACCUGGAUUGCUUCUAUGCUCAGGUGGAAAUGCUCAGAAACCCGGCAUUGAGAGACGUCCCUUUAGGCAUUCAGCAGAAGUACAUCAUCGUGACCUGUAACUACGUGGCAAGGCAGCAGGGCGUCACCAAGCUGAUGUCGGUCACUGAUGCCAAGGAGAAGUGUCCUCGGCUGGUGCUGGUGAAGGGCGAAGACCUGACUCACUACAGAGAAAUGUCCUACCAAGUCACCGACCUGCUGCUGUCCUUCUGUCCGUCAGUGGAGAGGCUUGGCUUCGACGAGAACUACGUGGACGUCACGGAGAUGAUUGAGAAAAGGCGGGCGCACACGCCACAGUCCAGCUUCUCAUUCAAAGGCCACGUGUACAACAUCGCAGGUGAUGCUGCGGAUGCUAAAGCUAACAGUCAUGCAGAGUUGGCUUUGGGGUCGCACAUCGCCGCCGAGCUGAGAGAAGCCAUCCACAGCCGACUGGGCCUAACUGGCUGCGCCGGCAUCGCCGCCAACAAGCUGCUGGCCAAACUGGUGUCGGGCGCCUUCAAACCCAACCAGCAAACCACAUUGUUGCCGGAGAACGUUGGUGACAUCAUGGGCGCUCUCAGCGGUCCCCGUGCAAUACCAGGGGUCGGUCACCAAACCGCCAAGAGGCUUCACGCCCUGGGAUUGGUCAGCGUCCGAGACCUGCAGCUCUUCCCGCUGACUGAUCUGGUGAGAGAAUUCGGAGCUCCGAGUGCGACACGUCUGAAGAAUCUAUCGCUUGGCGUUGACAAUUCUCCGGUCACCCCAUCUGGAGCCCCUCAGUCCCUCAGCGACGAAGACUCCUUCAAGAAAAUGUCAACCGCCAAAGAAGUGAUGGAGAAGAUGAAGCAGCUCCUGAGCAGCCUGGUGGAGAGGAUGCGUAAAGACGGCAGGCAGCCUCAAACCCUCCGGCUCACCGUCCGUAAAUACUCGGCGACCAACAAGUGGCACAGCCGGGAGAGCCGCCAGUGUCCCAUCCCCCACCACAUUGGCCGGACGAUCACCUCAGCCGGCAGUGAUGACACCGUGUUACAGCUGGUCUCCUUGGCCAUGAAGCUCUUCUCCAAAAUAUUGGACAUCAACACGGCCUUCCACCUGACCCUCAUCAACGUGUGCUUCAGCAACCUGCAGGCCAAAGGGCCUUCUGCCGGCGGGCGGAGCUCCAUCAAAUCCUUCUUCGCGCACGGCUCCUCACCCAAACCAUUCUUCUCGUCUCCUCAAAGACAGGCCGUACCUCUUGUUCCCCGAAAGGACAAGUCCUCCCCGUGCGGUGCAGAAAAUGGCUUCAUCACAUCCAGCGUGACGACUCCAGAGAAGACCACAAAAAGCCCGCCGAGCUGUGACGCAGCAACACUCGGGGCUGAAAUCGAACAGAGAGCUUCUGUCCCGGCGGACGCGUCCCAAGACGUGACGUCACCCAGCAGCACCACAUGUCGGCACCAGGGUGAUGCCGCUUUCACCGUGACACAUGGAUUGCCCCCAAACGUCGACGCAGAAGUGUUCCGCGUCCUCCCUGUGGAGAUCCAGAAUGAGCUUUUAAUGGAGCGCACCUCUGAGCAGUGUCACCUUCCUUCCAACCCCACCCUAACUUCACCCCAAACCUCCGGAAAUACAAACAAUACAGAGCAGGGUGUUGUCUAUGACUUGGAUCCGUCGGAGGGAGGUGCCACGCCGCAUCAACGACAGCCUGCGGGCAAGAGCGCGAUUCCAGGAGAAACCACCUUGGAAGAAAAGAGGCUGUCAUCUGACUGCCAGCUGCCACUAAAUGUGGACCCAAAAGUCUUCUCCCAGCUGCCAGCUGACCUUCAGGCCGAGCUGAUGACUGAAUGGAAGCAGCAGAAGCCGCUUCUGAAGGUCAAGAAAGCUGCCAGAGCUAAAGGGAAGAAAGAAGAAAAGACAAAGUUCUGCAUGCUUGCCCCUGCAAGCUCCUCCCAGCAUCACAUGUGCGCAGAAGGCUGAGGAAUAUUCUGUGGAAUGAGCGGGACGAGCGAGGGGGUCAUCUGGAUGAAUGUUGGAGCUCCGACUCGCUGGUUGAUCCCUCGCCAUGGCCGACUGGGACUACGACUACCUGAUCAAGCUGCUGGCCCUGGGGGACUCGGGCGUGGGAAAGACCACAUUCCUGUACAG